GGGAUCCUUUGGAAAUCCCCACGGGGUCUUCUGCUGCGGAGCUGGCUGGAAGGCCGAGCUCUCUGGAGGAGGACGCUAGUGCGUCAUCGUAGCAGCUGCUUCUUGCUCUUCUGUCGACAGCGAGGAUCCAGGGUGAGGCGCUACCAGGUUCUGCUGUCGCUGAUGCUCUCCAGCCAGACCAAGGACGAGGUGACCUCGGCGGCCAUGCUGCGCCUGAGGGAGCGCGGCCUCACGGUGGACAAUGUUUUGCAGACAGAUGACGCAGCUCUCGGGAGGCUCAUUUACCCCGUGGGCUUCUGGAGGAACAAGGUGAAGUACAUCAAGCAGACGACCGCGAUCCUGAAGGAGCAGUACGGGAGCGACAUCCCCAGGACAGUCAAGGAGCUGGUGAAGCUGCCGGGCGUGGGGCCCAAGAUGGCCCACUUGGCCAUGAACAUCGCCUGGAACGAUGUGUCUGGGAUAGGUGUGGACACCCACGUGCACCGGAUUGCCAACCGGCUGAAGUGGGUGAAGAAGGAAACCAAAACCCCCGAGGAGACCCGUGUGGCACUGGAGGACUGGCUGCCCAGGGACCUCUGGAGCGAGAUCAACUGGCUCCUGGUGGGCUUUGGCCAGCAGACCUGCCUGCCCGUGGGCCCGCGCUGCGCAGACUGCCUCAACCAGGCCCUUUGCCCUGCAGCUAAGAGGUGCUGAGGGCACGGCCCAGAACCACAGAGCUGCUCCAGGCCUGUCCGGCAACUGCAGUCUGAGCCCAGGGGGAACACGACGGGUGUUACAAGGGCUCUGCUGAGACACUUGGAAGCAUCGCAGCCCCCUUGGCUUCUGCUUCCUCCUCUUAAAAGGUAGCCAGGCCUCUGAGUCAGCGCUGCAAGCACGCUCCCCCUGCGGGGACACGUCUAACAGACACGGGGCAGGGAUGGUGGGACCUGCUGGGAUCAGCGCUGCAUGGUAGCACAUGUUUAAUAUAAUAAAGGUGAUUUUUGUUACACUGGGGCCUUGCUGGCAUCCCUGCUGCCUGGGGCAUGGGGUAGGGAUGGGGCCUCAGCCAAGGACAGAGGGCAGAGCGACUGACAGCAGGGAGGAGGGAAGGACAGAUGUCACCCCGCCAACAAGCAAUUUUUGCAGCUCAGCUGGGGGAUGUUGGGAUGUUGCAUUUCCAAGAGUACAAAAGGCUGCCGGAGACCAGCUGGGCAUUUGAGUUUUGCUGCUGUUGGAGAACAAGUGGAGCAGAGCACUGUGGCAGCACAGAGAACCACGGGGUCAUCCGGCUCGGCAUUGCCAGCACCAUCCCCAGCUGCACGCACCCUCCCAGGGGCAGGCCGGGAGCACUGCAGGCAGAGCUGCUGUUCACGUGGGCUCCUUUCAGCCCAGGGUCCUGCGUUACGUGCUUCCCUGACUCGACCUCUGAUGUCCGUGGCACUGCAGGAAAGGCAGCAGCCCCCUCUGCCUGGCCCUCUGCUUGCCACGGAGGGGUGGUCUGCACACGAGGCCAUCGAGAUCAUCACUGAAACCCGUGGCUUCACACCUACAAUGGAUGUGCUGAUAAACUGGUUUGAACAACCUCCCGGGAAGGAGCGUGACGGGGAAGUUUGCUACCGAAACACAUGACGGUUCCAACCAAAUACUGCCCUGUGCACGAGCCAGCUCAACGGCCGCCCUGAAAUGUAAAGCCGUGGUGUCCGACUCGUAUAGAUCUGGACAGGUUGCAACUUCCCUGUUGCACAAGGGUCACCUGCAGGUCCCAGACUAGUGCUCGGCCUGCACCGCAGACCCAUAGGCGGGGAGCUGCAGGCUCGUGGGUCAGGGUCUGCAUUAAUGGCAGUGGGUGGAGGAGAGAAAUCCCACCUUGUGCCUGUUUCAGGAAAGCCUGAAACGUUCUGCGGUUCCCCGCGCCAUCAGCCACUAAGGUCUCUAGCUACUCUGAAGGCUGUAUGGCAGAUGUAACACCAGAAACCCCAGGCAAGUACCAGAGGUGAGGCUUUGGAGAGUCAGAGUUUAUCCUGUUUAUCCUCCACGCGCUGGAGAAGCGCCGUGUGCCGAAGAGUCGGCACGUCCAGCAUUUGCAGAGGUGGGUUCAGACAGGUCCCAGGAAGGAUUCCUGAGUCCUGGGGGAAUUUCUCCUGCACCAAAACCUGAAGCCCAGACCACACCUGGUGUUCCUGCACACACCCCAGAGAGCAGGGAAGAAAAACCAUCCAGACCAGCAUCCACCUCGCAAAACAGCCCACACCAAGGUGUUCCCCUUUGCAGGUCACCGCUCAAAGCCAGGGCAUGCCCUGCUCCAGGCUGCCUCUUCUAAUGACCUUGUCGUGGGGAGGUAGGUAUCGCUAUCGCGAUGCUCUGACUCCUUUCUACCCUUCCUAGCAAAGCACAGGCUGCAAUGGAGAGUAGACGGAGCAUCCCAUAAGCUGUACAUGGCAAAACAGGGUUUAUUAUUGACAUGAAAGUAUACAUUAUGUUUUUACAAUGCAGAAAACAGCCUUAUACUUGUACUGAUUUUGAAAGUUAAAUGUACAGAAACUGAUUAUUACAGAGCUACAAGAUGUCAGAAAUAGUGGUAAGUCCUUUAGCCAUGAGCAGUUUCCACGGAGUAAGCAGAGAUCAUUUUAAAAUCUUAUUGGUACAUGUGUGCAUACCUGAUUUCCUUUGAUCAUAAUCCAAACCCCCCGCCAACCCCUGCUAGCUUCCCCUCGACUACAGUGGUUCAGUCUUGUGCGAGAAUUAACGGUAUGUACAGGUUGUGAGAGAAUCACUUUUGCUUGCUGAGAUGUAUGCAAGGAUGUAUUCGACCGUUUGCCUUGUAAGCGGGGAGAUAACGUCCUCAGCAGACCAGGAUACGGCUCCAGCUUGUUGGAAAUGCAGGGACUAAAAGCAACCUGCCUAUCACGAGCGCGUGGAGGGGUUCUCUGAUGACUGACUUGUGAAGGAAGCAAAGGUUUCUCGUAGCCAACACGAAACGCCCGCCCCACCUUCGGGUACUUUUGGUAGGUAAAUGACACCUCCGUUAGCCGCCAGGCCCCGUACGGGAGACGAGCUCUCCCGGCUGUUGUCGGUCCUAUUCGUUUACAGCCAAACACUUGCAGAGUUUUCUUUCCAAAGCUUUGUCUGUGCAUCCUCACAAAAAGCAAGCCAACCCACUCUCUCAAAAGCCGCUCCGUUCCUCGUCUUCGAUAUGGGAACAGCCACGUGCUCAGCUGAACGCCGUGGCAUCAGCUGCUGGGGUUCCCUUCUCCCCCGACCGCCUUGCACUGUGCUGGGAUAUACCCUUCUACUGAAAGUAAGUGUUUAUAAGGCACCUUUUUAGCUUAGUAUUUAUGAAAUACACACAGACCCUUGCCAAGACCCAUAGUGCACGAAGUCAAAGGCCACUGAUUCAUUCAGGGUAGCGCGGGGGCAAAAUUGAACCAUGUGCUUGAGUUCUACGAAGUCCUACGUCCUCGCCCUCUUACGUCUCUCGCUGGGGAAAGGGGUCGCUUUCUACCCUCUGCCGCGUCCGUCCAGUCCUGCUCCGUUCCCCUCGUUAAUACUACUUGUGUUACAAAACGUGCCAGCCACAAAGACUGUUUUGUUAGAUCUCGGUAAGAAGAAACUGGGAUUCGUCCAGCUCCUUGCGGCGUGGACCCUUCCCUGGGAAAACUCUAUUGCCUUGAAGCCAUUAGUACGUGUUUUAAUUCAUCUUCCCUUGUACGAAGCCCAGGGUGAGUAGUGAAGAGCUUAAAUAGGUUUAAUCACAGCGACACGGGCCGGUUUUACAACCCUAUCUAAUGGAGAAGGCAGCGUGCUGUGAGCAUGGAGCUGACCAAAGUUAAAGCAGCUGCUUGCCACCCUGGCUACUGCCCGCGGGAAGGGACGUCACGUGGUGGGCACCGCCGGAGAGGGCUCCCCUGCGCGGUCCGAUCUGUGCACCUGACCCCGGUGCCACUCAGGGCCCAGCACCCGGCUGCAGGGAAAGGAGAGGCCUCAUCCUGACAGGCUGGGAGUGCAGGUGGAAAAAGAUCAGCAGGGGGGCAAAAGGUUGGUAAUAGCAGACUGGAUGUGGCCUGAGGCACGGUGCCCACAUCAGCAUCCACGGCGGAUGGCUUCUGCAGGGAGCCCCGUCUUCACGAGCAUCGUGUCCGUCCCUGGAGGCUUCCUCGCUGGCAGCAGAAGCUGCAUCGUGCUUCUCGAGCUGGGCACAGAGACCAACGCGUGUGCAUUGGCCGUCUCUCCACCUUGAGAUGAAGGGGGGACAGCUCCUCCUCCUCCCCUCCCCAUGCCACUCAUUUCUGCAUGUCGUUAUGCAGAUCUGAGCCGUGGGGCCCUUGGGUGAUUUUGUGUAUUUGUUUUCCAGGGUCCGACGAACGCCUCCUCCACAGCCAGCCACGUGGAUGGGGCCUGGGAUGGAAAAGCUUUGCUGAGAAAGGGGCUUUUAUUGUAUCGGAUCAAGCCAGCCCAUGGGGAGGGUGGUUCCAGCGUUAACGAGAAACAGAUGGGAUCGUUUGCAAAAAAAAAAAAAGCCUUUUCAAUGG